CUUCGAGGUGGUGGUGACUAUUGCAAAGACAUAUAAGCGCGAGUAAUGAUACUAAGGUACAGUUUGCGCAGACUCGCUCGCGCUUCGUACGUACGAUUUAGUUUAGGGUUUCCAAGCGACACCAACAACAUGCUACGUUUGUCAACGUUUUGCAUGUUACUGUCGAUAGCAGUCGCUCAAAGUGGAUAUGAAUAUAACAAACCAAAUAAACCAUACAGUCCCUCGACGCCCAGUGGCCCCGGUUACCAACCAGGACCCACAAGUGGAUAUCCUGGUACACAAACCUCUCCAUCAUACUCAAAUACGCCACAGCAAAAUGGAUACCCAGGAGUCGGUUCGGGCACAACACCAAGUUACCCAUCUGGACCUUCAGGCUACCCUUCAAAUAAUCAAGGCUACAAUCGGCCAUCAACUAACUAUCCCGGUCAGUCUUAUCCAGGACAAAGUCCAGGCGGACCAACGGGUCCUUCUGGUGUUCCAGGACAGGGUUCAAAUUAUCCUGGACAAAACUACCCAGGUCAAGGACAAAACUACCCAGGUCAAGGACAAAACUACCCAGGUCAAGGACAAAACUACCCAGGUCAAGGACAAAACAACCAACGUCCGGGAUUUGGACCCGAUACUUCCAAUUUUGGUACAGAUGAUAAUAGUGGUUCUGAAGGUGGAGAUUAUUCAGCAAUACCCGGUGAGCCAGAUAGAGAUUAUCCCAUACUUUCAGUCGUCCCCGAAACAUCGUUCAGGUGUGACGCUCAAUCUUAUCCAGGUUAUUACGCAGAUGUCGAAGCUCGAUGCCAAGUAUUCCAUGUUUGUGCCAAUAAUAUAACUUACGACUUUUUAUGUCCCAAUGGAACAAUAUUUUCUCAAGAGUUUUUCGUCUGCGUCUGGUGGAAUCAAUUUGACUGUGACUCUGCCCCUAGUUAUUAUGGACUUAACGCAAAUCUAUAUGAUUAUUCCAUAAUGGGAUCUAAUCAUGGUGGAAUUCCUCAAAGCCCUCAAGGAUCUUAUCCUAGCAGUUCUGGACCACAAAGUCCAUCAUCAAACUAUCCAGGAAGCACAGGACCUCAAGGAUCUUACCCUGGCAAUACAGGUCCGCAAGGACCAGUAUCUGGCUACCCCGGUAGUACAGGCCCAUCAGCUGGUUUUCCCGGAACUCAAAAACCAAGUUAUCCAGGAUCUUAUCCUGGUGCUCAACAACCUGGAUCUCGUCCUAGUGGUCCUGGAACACAACAACCGGGCUCAUACCCCGGAAGCCCUGGUCCGCAACGGCCUGGAUCUUAUCCUAGUGGACCUGGAUCACAACAACCGGGCUCAUACCCCGGAAGCCCUAGUCCGCAACGGCCUGGAUCUUAUCCUAGUGGACCUGGAACACAACAACCGGGCUCAUACCCCGGAAGCCCUGGUGCGCAACGGCCUGGAUCGUAUCCUAGCGGCCCUGGUGGUCAGCAAACCGGUUCCUACGGCCCUGGAGCACAACAAUCGGGAACUCGUCCUAGCGGCCCUGGGUCCCAACGACCUGGAUCGUAUCCCAGUGGCCCCGGAUCUCAACAACCAGUGUAUUAUCCUAGCGGACCAGGAGCACAAAAACCUGGUUCUUACCCUGCCAGACCAGGAUCGUACCCUAGUGGCCCUACAGGACAACAAGGUCCCUCUGCCUCAUACCCAGGAACUUAUCCUACUCAGGGAUCUCAAGGUCCGAGCUCAACGAACUAUCCAGGAUCUCAAAGUACAACAAGCUAUCCUGGAUCAGGUAACCAAGGUUAUCCGUCAGGAAAACCUUCUGGACCGAGCUUCCCAUCUGGUACUGGAAGACCUCAAGGACCCAGCGAUAAUAAUUAUCCAAGUUCUCAACCUAACAGAGAAUACCUCCCACCUAGAAACUGAAUAUUCCACUUGGAUCUAAAUACUGAAAAUCUUAGAUUUAUUCGUUAGUUUAAGUUUCCAAAAUGCCACUUAUAAUAUUUAACAAAGAAUGAUGGAAAUUUUAAGAGAAAACGUUGACAAAUGUGAAUGUUGGUGUAAAAAUUCUGAAUCGCUUAGUCUGUAUAAUGUCUUACAUAAACUCUCUUUAUCAAUCUAUAUAAAACUGUACAUUUAGAAGAACGUGAACUUGUUUUGGAAUACGUUGUAGCAUAUAUUUUGAAUUUUCAUAAACGUGGAAGUUUGUUGCAAAAAUAAGUGUUCACAAAGUACAAAUACUAUUUGAUUAAUGUUUCACUAUAGUUUUAUUACUAUUUAGUAUGUAAAGUAUUAAUAAAGCAUUUCAUUUUGUAAAUAAAACAAAAAGCUAAAUAAAGAAAUAUAUUUCGAGCAACAUA